CUCAACCCCUGCUAUAUAGGUCCACCCCUGCUGCUACUUGACUAUGGACUAAGAUGAAAAUUUUCAUUUUGGACCCCACAGUUCGAAAUGUCUGGAUACACCCCUACAGUUCGGUAUAUUUGGUGCUUUGGAAACUCUGCGUGGACAGGUACAUGGAGCAGAGCAAUAUCAAAGGGUUGGAACUUUUACUUAUGGUUCUAUAAUAUGUCUCUUACUGGCGUGUUUACCAAUAUCUUUAAGAUGGAUAUAUACGGACAAGAUAUUGAUAUUGAUAGGCCAAGACCCUUUAAUCUCAGUCGAAGCUGGCAGAUUCUCAAUGUGGCUCAUCCCUUCACCGUUCCCUUAUGCUAUUCUUCAGUCUCUGGUUCGCUACUUGCAGAUUCAGAAUUUGAUUCUUCCAAUGUUAAUUGAGUUCGCUUGCAUCUCUAUGCUUCCAUUUGCCUAUUUGCUGGGCUCUAAUAUUCAAGUUAAAGCCAGGAAAUGCUGAAGAAUCACUUGCUAUUUGUUUAUCGUAUAUGGUGAAUGUAAUCUUGCUUCUAUGUUUCCGUUAUUUCCCAAUUCCAGUGUGUAGUUUAGAGCGGUGAUCGUUUGAGGUAGUGAUACUGCUUAGUGGACUGUUGCCAAAUCCAGAGCUGGAGAUGUCCGUGCUACCGUAUGGUAUGCCUAUUUCCUAUACAUUUUAGGCACGUUUGUUAAGGUAGAAUGCACGGUACUGAACAUUAUUAAAGAAAAAGUGAAGCUAUAUGUUGUCAAUUAUAUUGUCCAGUACCAAACAUAUUCUCGAUGCUCACGGAUUUCAAUUGUAUGUUUAAUUUGGAGUUUACUUUUCUCUAUGAGCAGCUUGAUUAUUACUUCUUCGCACUAUCUGCUGCAAGGUUUGAUUUUAAUCUCUCUACUCUGACAUAAUUGCUAUAUGAUUUGUAUCUAGAACAAAACUAGAAUCUUAAUAUUUUCUUGUAGCACUCAUGUAUCGAAUGAACUCGGAGCUGGGUAACCACGAGCAGCUAGAGUUGCUCUCUUUGCCAUUCUUGUUCAGUUGUUUGAGUUCAUUACAGCCAGCACUAUUUUAUUCUUUUGCCGUUAUAUAUUAGGAUAUGCAUUUAGCAAUGAAAUGGAUGUCGCGAAUUAUUAUGUCAAAGACAUGACUCCUUUUCUUUGUGUCACCAUAAUCACGGACAGCUCACAAGUAGUUCUUUCUGGAGUAGCUAGAGGUUGCAGGUGGCAGGCAGCAUGUUGGGGCCUAUGUCAAUCUUGGAGCAUAUUACAUUGUUGGAAUUUCAAAUGGCGUUACUCCUAGAAUUGGUUAUGCACUUAAAAGUAGAAGGCCUUUGGAGUGGAUUGGUGGCUGGAGCAACAGUCCAAGCUUUCUUGCUUGCCCUUAUAACAUGUCUCACAAAUUGGGAAAAGCAGGCAAUGGAAGCAAAGUGGAGAACAUUCGACUGGAAUUUUCCAGCUCAGUCUGUAAGAAUGAUGAAGCUCAACACUUGUUCUGAUCGCUUUAAUAGAAUAAAAUUACAGGCAGCAUUGCAUUUAUAUGAGAAUGAUGCUUCGAAUAACCAUUACUCAUAUAAUGAAUCAAGAAUUUCGACUAAGAAAACCUCAGAGAGACUCUGCACACCCAGGAGUUGCAAGAUGGAUGAGUAAAGUAUCAGCAUUCAGAUCAGAUGUGUCAAGUGGACUUUGUCUUCUCCAUUCAAACAUGUUCUAAGAAAUAAAUGCAGACGUGCUUUUUUAUAAUUUCUUCUCAUUGACCUGUCUUGCACACCUUGGUAGCUACAAAAUUCU